GUCGGACAGCCGCGCUCAGAUUCAGUAUAGGGACUAGUUGUUGGAGUAGAGAGCGGGAGGCGCCACUUCAUUACAUUUCAGAGCACCAGCUGGAGGAAAUAUUCACCUGUGCGCUGCCAGGACGAAUUCACAAGGAUUUUCAUUAAUUUUUAGCAGACUCUGUCUUAAAGGCGCAGCGAGGGGACACUUGAAACAAGAAUCUGUCGGACUCCUGCUCCGUCCUGUAGCCAAACAAGUUUAUUUCGCCUCGAACGAGUGAGCUUUUACACAGAAACUAAGCCGCAUCUGAAGGUAUCGAUUUUUUUUUACAUUUACUUCGGAGACACUGCGUGCCUGGUUUCAUAAAGGGGACCGUAAUCGACCAUGGCGAGACAUGACGCCCGAAAUUGGCAAGACUGCUCAAAAAUGAUCGGACUGCUCUGCUUCUUGUUCGCCUCGAUACUUCAACAUGGAGUGUCAGGUCAGCGGGUGAAGGUUGAACCAGAGGUGACAUCGUACCCCGGCCAGACCGUCAACCUGCGAUGUGCCUUCACUGAUUCUGCUGGGAUUCAACUCACAAUGGUUACAUGGAUCUACGAGCCGAAGGACGGAGAAAGGAUCAACAUCGCUGUGUUUCACCCAAAGUUUGAGCCCAACUUCCCCGAAUCCCCCGUGAAGGGCAGAGUCAGUUUUUCACCCAUCCCCACAAGCCUGGAGAGUCCCUCCAUCCAGAUAAGAGAUGUUAGGAUGACCGAUGAGGGGAAGUACAUCUGCGAGUACGCUACCUACCCCAGGGGCAACGAGCAAGGCAUCACGCACCUCGUCAUGCUGGCUAAGCCUCAGAACUCGGCCUCCAUCGUAACGGUUGAAGCGGGCACUAAGCCGGUGGUUGUGGCACGCUGUGAGUCUGUGGAUGGCCGCCCCCCUGCCCAGAUUUCUUGGGUGACCGCAGCCAGUGGCAAUGCAACAACAGCGUCUAAGCCGGGUACCGACAACACCGUGACUGUGACCAGUGAGUACCGCAUGGUCCCCACAGCAUUGGACAACGGGAAAGACCUCAGCUGUGUGGUGUCUCACAGGACCCAGGUCAAGCCAGAGAGCUUCCACCUGAAGCUAGCAGUUCAAUACGCCCCUCAGGUGACAGUAGUGGGUUACGACAAUAAUUGGUACGUGGGUCGUACAAAUGUGUUGCUCACCUGCCAGGCGAACGGAAACCCGGCUCCACAGACCGCCCAGUGGAAGACGAUGUCAGGAGAGAUGCCAGACACAGUGCAGAUCACGGACAACGUGCUGAAGGUGCUGAAGGUAGACGAGGCCGUCAACACCACUUUUGUCUGCGAGGUCAAGAACCGCAUCGGGGUCGGCAGGGACCAGGUCACAGUCAUGGUCAGAGAGCCCUCAGUGAACCCAUCCAAUGCCGGCGUGGUGGCAGGAGCUGUGAUUGGCUCCCUGCUGGCCCUCCUUUUGGUCGCCGCUCUCAUCGCCGUGCUUGUCACCCGUAGCCGCAGGCAACAGCAGGGCUACCGCGCCAAUGGCGGCAGCGACAUGAAGACGCGCAUAUUUGGAGGCGGCAAGAAGGCCAGCAAGAACGGCACGGGCGGAGGCGCAGGCAGCGGCGGCGUUGGAGGUGGCAACAACAACGGCCCCAUCUACGUUUACAACGAGAGCUCGUCCCACCAGGGCCUCGGGGAGAAAAACAACCACCACCAGCCGCUCACCAUCGGGGGCCGGCCUGAAGUCGUGGCCACCACACCCACUGCCCAAGACAUCCUGCUUAGCAAUGAAUUAGAUGAAGCGGAAAGGAGGAAGUUUGACGAGCUGGAGGAGGAGGAGAGGUAUGACCACUUCACCGGAGGGGCCCCCAUCCUUCAGCUUCGCCCACCGCAUGACCAGGACGAUAUGAUCGGAGAUUACAUGGAUGACGACAUGGAGUCCCAGCGGGAUGGCUCCGUCAUCUCACGGACUGCUGUUUACGUAUAGAGGAGGAGGAGAAGAAAGGAGGAGGAGAAGAAAAAGGAGGGAUGGAGGAUUCCUCCCAAGGAUUUUGUGGCUCCAGGGUCUCGUCCCUGUCUGAUGGAGAAGAGAAAAUGAUACCACUUUUAUUUUUGAAAAUUGAUUUUAAACAUAGCUUAUUAUUAAUAAUCACAGUGCAGCCCCAGAAUGGACUGAAUGAACAGGAGGGUGUGGAGGGAUAUUCCAAAAGGAGCGUUGCUGUUAUCGGGUCCCUAAGAACUGAAAAUCACACAGAGAAAAGAAACAACCUGUCUCCCACUGCUUCUACUCAUGCUAUCGCUAUCACUGGGACCUUGACAAGGAGUCUUGACAGACAGACUAAAAGAGAGAGACUAUGUAGUGUGGGAGUAGCAUAAUGGAAUCAUGAUACAAGCUUGGCUUUAGAGGAAGCAACUCACUUGCAUAUUCACUCUUAUCUUCACCAAAACAGUAGAAGUGGAAGGGGUUGUCAAGCAGUUACGUGUUGCCUGCUAUUCUCAGUCCUCCUGUGGGAAACCUUUUGUUUUGGUAAUGCGUCGUGCUGUGACAGCUGGUGGGUAGUUAGUAGCUAGUGAUGGGUUGGGAAAAAGGUUUUGAAGGUAUAGACAGUGGCCAUCAGGUGAUUUAGAGAGAAGAACAAAGUAUUUGCUCAAGUCUUCUGGCGAGCUUUCAUUUCAGCUCUCUCUUCUGCCUUUCCUCUCAGACAUCUCUGCAAACUAUCAGCGACGGUAGACACGCUUGAAUUUACAAAAUUUACAAAGAACAUUAGGUCCUUAUGUGCUGCACAAACACACGAGCAGCUGAAUUGAACAAAGUAAGUUUGCAGAGAGUUUGAGCUAAGUUCUUAACAAGGUAUUCACAUGCAAACUUUUGUACUGUGCCUGGAGGUAAGAGACGGUAAACAAGAGAUGAGGGAAUGAGGUGUAGCCGAUCUGACAGGGUCAAAGGAUGAGGAGAGAGGGAUGCAGGAGACAGGAGGACUAGAGAGGAGCAUGUCUCUUCUUUUCUCUUCCUCCUCAUCCCCGUCUCUUCAGAACGCUCCUGACAGGAGGAGCUUGAUUGGUAAUGAGCCGUGAAGUCGCUCGCUUAGCCGGGACCAACAGAUUGCCACCACUUAUCGUUUAUGACGUGGCGAUUCCUCCCCCUCCCACCUCUAUCUCUCUAUCAUCCCUCCGUCUCUCCCUCCCUCCCUCUCUCUUCAUCCCUCUCUCCCAGUGUUUAUGGGGAGUUUAUGAUUUAUCCGGUAUUGUAGAGGUCAGGGCCACAGAGAGCAGAGGAGUAUUUUACUGCUCCUGAUGUGUCAAACGCACCACUUACUCUAUUCUGGCUCGGCCUGCCCUGACAUGCCAGGACUGACUAAUCCACCUGGAGUGGCCAUGUUCACUCCACUGCAGCCUCCUCCCACACUUUAUGAAAUGACCGGAUGUAACAGAGCCCCACCUCUAAAGUAUCAUGGCGUUAGGUUAGAUAGAUUUUCAAUGAGAUUGUGUUAUAUUUCUUUCCAUUAGCGGAUGUUGUUAAAUGUAGUGAAUUGAUCGGGAGACAUAAGAGGUUGCAUACACGGCAAAGCUAUGGGAGUAAUAUUGACUAACGGGCCACAACAGCGAAACGGCCCUUUAUGAUGCAGCUUCAGGGCUGAUUGUCUCCUGACUGUUAAUUUCUCCUUCUAACGAGCCACCGGAGGCCCACUCAGACAAAUAUUACUUGGUGGCUACCGCACGCUCCUGUCUUUGAGGCUAAGUGUGUACAUUUGCACGUGCCGCUGUAUGUUUGUAGCCAUUGGAUGACUGUGAUGGACAAUCUUGGAGGAGGUAAAGCUCUACUGUAGCUCCUCUAAUCAUGCUUUUCCUGCCCUUCUAAUCAACUCCCCUUUUGACCCACUGGGAAUCUGGUGGGUGCAGCCCUCCAUGACUGUACUGCCCUUUUCGAAGGCCCAGCUAAGAUCUGGGUUGCAGCUUGCUGCAGGUCUCGAGGUCAAAUACAGGGUGACCCAUUGCCAAGAGCAAGCUAGACUGCGCUUGCCUGCAUUUCAUAUCAUAGCUGUUUUCAACCUUGAGCUAUAGAGGUGAGAAACACUCACAGAGAGUGCAAGUAUCUGUACAGGGCGAGACAGCCCUGGUUUGCCAUUGUGAUGGCUGUUAACCUUCAGAGAGGCGGAGAGAGAACAUGAGAGAGACACGGGAGGUGAUGACAAAAACAGAGACGGCAUUCAGUGUUUGAGCACCGUCCAGCAUAUUGUAAGUGUGUUCAAUAGAAUUAUCAUCGAAUGGCCUUAGCUCAUACAUAAAUGCAACUCCUGUCAACCUGGGGGUACAGCUAAAUUUACAGAACACGGCUGAUUUGUCACAACCACUCAAAGUAAAACAAUGUAUUUUUGCACUUGUGUGUGUCACCGCUACAAAGAGAAAUAUGAGUGUAAUACUUGGUUUUUGGGGUCAAAAUAGUGAUAAGGGACUAAACUGUUGUAUGUACAUUUUGGUGUGAGGUAUCUGUGUACUAUAUAUGUAAGCAUCUUUAUUUUUCUUGUGAAAAUGUGGAUAUUUAUGUAAAUAUCAGAUUGAUGGAACCAGUGUUGCCGGUGAUGUGGAAUUAAAGAGGAAGGCGUUCUGGGUCUGCUAAGACUAAAGUUCAAAACGUCUCAGAAGGCAUUCCGAAUGUAAUUUUUAAUCUAAUGAAAACCUCUGUGGUUUGGGUGUUAAAACAUACUGAACUGACUGAGCUGAGUUUGCCUAAUGCCUAAGAGUCGAUUUGUAUUAGGGAGGGUAAAAAUAUGAUAUAUGCUUGUAUAAUUUGUUCAAAUUAGCAUUACCUGCAUUUCCACAUAAUAAGCACACUGUAUUUUAUUUUGCACAAUUGGCUUCUCCUUCUCCUUGACAGACACCCUGCACAAUUCAAAUAUACCCACAAUACUCAUAAUUUAUCAGGUAGACCGUAACCACACUCAAUGGUCUGUGUUGAGUCAGCUCUGUGUGUGUAUAUAUAUGUGUGUGUGUGUGUGUGUGUAGUAGUGUGUCCGUGUAUAUUUCCCUGAUGCUCGGAGGCUUUGGGACUUCUCUCACUGCCAAUGGGGCUGUAACCUGAGUAGCCACCCUUUGUCACCAUGGAAAACUGGCAAAAUAAAGAUAUUAUUGUGCGAUUCCAAGACACACUGGCGCACACACACACAUACUGUACAUAUACAUACGCAGAAUGCCGAGAAGCAAUCGCCCACACACAAACACCCCUCAGUCACUCUCAUUAUGCUCAACUCCCACAGCCAAACUGUGCAGAAGACACCUCAUACCUGACAACUCUGCCAUCUCCUGACAUAAGCCCACACAAAUGUGCUCGCAUAGCUGCACACAAACACACACACACACACACACACACGCACACACGCACGCACACGAAAACACUUCUUUCUCCUCCUUCUUGCUCAGUGGCUCUGUCAGGACAUAUACUGUGUCCUGUUAUUGUGAAAAGAGCCGCAGCAUGAUGUGUCCCCUGCAUCACUGCUUUCAGAGAGUCCAACCCGAUCCAGAAUCCGUGACCAUGUCGGACAGAGACAACUACACAUUCAGGGACGGGCACCUUUUCACCCAGUGUCAGAGAAACAGGCUUUUUAGGAAACUGUUUGUCCGUUCCGCUUUUGUUCCACACGGGGAAUAUAGCUUUCAUAAAAAUGCCACUGUGCUGACCCGCUCCCCCUCCCGGAUCCUUUUGAAUGCUUUUAAAGAGGCACAACUUCCUACUCGUCUCCCAAAUGUUGCUUUCCACUUCUUUCACUUCAGCCGCCCCUGCCACCGUCGCCACCACCACCACCUCCUCACACACACACACACACACACACACACACACACACACACACACACACACACACACACACACACACACACACACACACUCAAACAAACCAUUGCCACCCACCUCAGCACCCAAGUAAGGCUUGUCAGACAAAAUGCUUUUAGAGGAAUCCACGAUCCUGGCCCGGGUCUAGCACAAGGUUAGGAAGUCAAAAUACACAGUAUUUUUUUCUUUUUACAAAAAGCCACAUACUGUUUGUUCAACUCCAAACAUCUGAUGACUAAUCAGAGCCUUAACAUCUCCCAUCUCACUCGCAUAAAAGAAAAAAAAGAGAAAACCUCCCUGUGUAUAUAGUAUAAAUAUAUAAAUACGUAGCAGAGAAAAAGAUAUUACUAAUUUAUGGUGUCACGUUUGUGUAUUUCUCAGUGACAGCAAGCAUGAAGGAUUUAUUUUCUCCUAUUACAGUUUCCCCUCUUUUCUGUUAUUUUGCAGUGCUCUUUAAUUUAUGUUUUCUGAGUGCUUUAUUCUUGACUGCUGCGCUGUGAUUGCUGCCAAAAUUGGCAAAUGUGCUUCUUCUAUACAAAUGAACUGUACACACAACAAAACAGUCUUACCCCCCAAAAAUGUGCUUUUUAUUAUUGACUGCUCUGUGUAAACGUUGUUUUUUUGUAUUUUUUUUUUAAUUUUCAAUUUUUAUUUUGGUCUUUUUGAAGGAAAAAAAAUGACUUAGAAUUGUUGUCACCAUUUUGUCGUGUCUUUCUAUAUUUUUUCGUAUUUGGUUGCUAUUAAAGAUUUCUUGAUUUUUGAAAUGUU